CAAAUAAUACUCUAGCGAUAAGUCGGUACCGCCGCGAUAUGGUGACACAGUCGCAAUUUAUCCAGACUUGGGUGAAUCUAUAAAUGGAGGGCUCCCCGGUAAUCCAGGCCUCUAAUUUCCUGGGGAUCCCAUUGCAGGUGCAAACAUUCUCUGAACAUGAAGCUUCCUGGCAGUUUACUGUUGGCGAGCACUGCGCAACCGCUCGCUGGAGCACUUGCGUGGACGAAAUACAGUGAUAACCCACGGCCGCUAGUGUCUUCGGGGCCGCUUCAGGAUGCAAUCACUACUAAUGCCCUCAUGGCAAAUCUUCAAAAGCUCGAUUCCAUCGGCAAAGCAAACGGUGGAAAUCGCGCUUUUGGAUUGCCGGGAUAUGCUGCAUCGGUCGAAUACAUUCUUUCUCGUACUGAGAACUCCUCAAAUUUCAUCACCUGGACGCAAGACUUUCCCGCACUAUUCAACCAAAUCCAAUCCAUAAAAUUUACUGUUGAAAACCAGUCAUACUUCGUUCUAGGCCUACAGUAUUCACCCUCAACGUCAAAAGAGGGGUUGACAGCACCUCUUGUACUUGGCGCGGCUGGUGACAAGGGAUGUACGGCUGAAGGAUACGCCAACAUCGAUGUGAAGGGAAAGAUUGUGCUCGUCCAACGAGGUUCGUGCCCGGACGGGUCCACAUUGGCUGGUCGUCUUCGACCUGCGGCUGCAGCAGGUGCAGUCGCGGUAAUAAUCUACAACAAUGCAGAUACACCUGUAACUGGGGGUACACUUUCAAAUCCCGAUCCAGACAAAUUUGUUCCUGGGGGCUUCAUCAAUCGAGUGGACGGAUUGGCUCUAGUAUCCAAGCUCGAGAAUAGAGGGAGACUUGAAGCGUAUUUUCAGCAGACCCAGGUCUUUGAAACGCGAAUCACUCAAAAUGUAUUCACCGAGACUAAGGAUGGUGACCCAAACAACAUCGUCAUGCUUGGUGCCCAUCUCGACAGUGUCCAAGCUGGCCCAGGUAUCAAUGAUGAUGGGUCAGGCACAAGUCUGAUCCUUGAGGUCAAAACUGCACUGGAAAAUUUCAGUGUCAAAAACAAAGUCCGCUUUGCCUGGUGGGGCGCAGAAGAGAACGGAUUGCUUGGAUCAGCUUACUAUACCAAACAUCUUAAUGCCUCAGCUGCUUCGAGUAUCCUAACCUAUUUGAAUUUUGACAUGGUUAGUCGCGGGUACUUUGGCGUCUUCGACGGAGAUGGGAGCACGCAUGGUCUCGCUGGCCCUCCUGGAUCCGAUGUCAUCGAGAAGACAUUUGUUGAGGACAUGACAAGCAAGGGUAUCAACGUUACUGCUGCAAGAUUCACAGGCGGUAGCGACUACGCCAGCUUCAUGUCCAUUGGCAAGCCAGUCGGCGGUCUGCACACCGGAACUGGCGUUGAACAGGACCCUUGUUACCACCAAGCCUGUGAUACGAUUAAUAAUCCCAAUCCAACGACACUCACCAUUAACGCAAAGGCUGCCGCUCACGUCCUUUCUGUGCUUGCUACAAAAGGAGAACAGAUCAUUCCGAAAAGCCCUGUGAAUAGCACGACGAUUACGAGCCGAGGACUGACAAGGACAGAAAUUGAAUGGACAACAAUGGAGGAUGACAAGCAUCUAGCUACUUGUGGACAUGACGUCUAA